AUGGUUCGUGGACCUCCGGUGACGAGGUCGCGGAGGAGACGGGAUUCGUCUGUUGCAGAUCUAGCAAUACUUGAAAGCCUGGAUGGUCUACUAACACGUUUCACAAUGACUGGCGACGAAGAAAGUUAUCUUAUUCAUGAACGGUAUUAUCGUUCGUUUGAUGGUACACUAGACCAUGUUCUUCCGGUAAUAAGCAGUAUUCUUGGUGUCACUUCGAAGCAAGGUGUUCCCGAAUGUGAGUUUAGUCCAGAGUUAAUUCGAAAAUAUGCCGUUUUUCUAUGUCAGACUUUGCGAAUUGCUUGCAUUGGAGCAAAUGACGGGUCCUUUGCUCAUUCCGUAUGUCUCUGUUUUGCGGCGUUAGCGCGCCGGAUUGAAGUCGUCAAAGAUGUUAGUAUUCGACGUCGAGAGUUACAUCUGCUUUCUCGCCAGGUGAAAGCAUGGGUGAUUGAGAGCAACUUCAGUACAGAGGAACUAGAGAGUGCCCUUUGUCAUUUGCUUCGACCUCGAGGUCUUACCCUUCAUGCGAAUACCGUGGGAGAAUGGCCAGCAAAAGACAUACUUGCUGCACUUCUUGGAAAGUCUUCUGCUAAAGUUAGUGAUUUUCUCGAGCUAAUUCCCGGAACAAUAUGUGGUGGGCUGGAAACUAAUGGAAUCGUGUUGAAACGCAUUGGAGAACUUUGUUAUCUCAUUGACGCCAACCUAGAACGCUUCGUAACCGACGACAUUAAUCAAGGGAGUGCUCUCAAAUCCAACUUUUCUACAGUUUUCAACCUUCUAAGAUUGCUUUUCCGAGCAGCCAACUCCGCGGACGAGGAAGUCGAUAUGGAUUUAAUAAAAAGGUGUUUAUCCACUUUUAACGAUCUUUAUCUGGAGGUACAAAGCAUUGUGAGACAUGAAGUGGAUAGCAGUGCUGAAACUGUAUUGUUUGGUGUUUUUGGGAAUACAGUUUUCCCAGAAACGAUUCUGGAGUCUGUGCAGAAUAAAAUUUCGGGACCAUACGACAACGAGCUUCUAUCUUGUUGCGAAGAUUUAUUCAUAAGGAAUGUGCUGUUACCACUUGUUAAUAAGCGAGUGAUUCACGCCCCUGGUUUAUCGAACCAGACGUACUUCAUGGGUAAAAUUGAUAGCUACGGUGACGAUGCAUUGUCUGUCGUUUCAUAUUCCGAUUCUGCAGUACCCAACUUUUACGUUGCAAAUUCGUUCAGUAUAACCAAUGAAGAAGGUAAUCCAACGAACAAAAUAUGUGGAUCUUUUGAGGACAACACGUUAUCCCCGUCGCAAAUUGGGAACAACCGGAAUCGGUCUGACACUCAAUGCAACAAAAGUCUGGUUUCCACCGAAAUUGAAGCAACUGGAAUGGUAGAAAGCUCAGUGGUAUUGGCUGAGUCGACUUUUGUUAAGGGCGAAAGAGAGCGUGAGAUGAUGCCUCGUCGCAGAUCAGAGCGAGUUAGAAAGCGAAUAAACAUGGGUUUACUCAACAACGAUUCGGUAGAAUACAUUCUCAUCAAUUCAAUGGAGUCUGCGAAAAAGAUGAAGCAAACCAAAAGACAACAUGAAAUGUCCAGCGAGAAGAGAGAACGAAUGCCGUUUCUUGUCGAAAGUUCACACCAAUCAGCCGUUGUUGCUCAUUUAACGGAGGGAUUCGACGCGAUGUCAUCGCAAGCGGCCUCCACUAACACGGCGGAAUCGCCCAGAACUAAAACUGCUGAAAAUAAGACAAAUGACAAUUGUGUCGUAGUCGGAAAUGAAGUCACUGGAUCCCUUUCGUGUAAUGCAGUACGGAUUAAAGAGGGAUUUGCGAAAGAUGCAACCGAUUCUAAAAGUCUCAGAAAACUACCAAAAGUAAAACUCAACUUUGAUCAGGUUGACAGAACUAGAGCUAUGGUUGUGGCGGAAGUAUGUGAUAAAGAAUCUAAUCAGCACUUGUUUCUUGGCACUGACAAUCAGAGUGUAGAAGAGGAAAAUUCAGCUUGGUCACAUCGUAAGGAAGUGCCAUCAAAAUAUGCGGGACGGAGAAUUGCAAGUAAGAGUAUUGAGAAUAUUAUGCUGGAAACAACUCUAGAAGUUCAAUCAGAAUUAAGGCCAUCCACUUCUGUUCGGGCUAGCGAGGAGUUGGAGAAGUCAAAACUAUUCAUUGGAGAUAGUUUUGCAGUCAGUUGCGAUGAUGUACUGGUUUUACACGAAAUAGAAGACGUUCUGAAUAGUAGCGAUUCCUUGAACACAAGUAUGGACACGGUUGAUACUAGUGAUGUAGACCUGGGUAUUCAGCAAAGGAUAGUGAAGGAGCGCAGUACUGCAGAGAAAGUGGGGAAAAUGCUGACACCUACGACUGUUAAGAGAGUCAUCGGUACUCCUGGUAUAUUGAAAAAAGCUAAAAGCCCAUCUACUUCGGAGAAAAAGCAACUGUUAGUACUGCAGGCAUUCUACUGUUAUCUCAACAAAUUCAACCAUUUUUCGGCUAUGACAAAGAGUUUGUAG